UGACUAUAAAUCAGGAUGUCUUGCAUGUGUCCUCUCUUCCGUCUUCCCGACCCAUGCCUCUGGGUGAGAUUACAGAGACUUUAUUUCCUGCCUGUGUUUGUGCAGGUGGUUCUGGCGAUGCCGUACGACACGCCCAUCCCCGGGUACAUGAACAACACGGUGAACACCAUGAGGCUGUGGUCCGCAAAGGCGCCCAACGACUUCAACCUCAAGGACUUUAAUGUUGGAGAUUACAUUGAGGCGGUUCUGGACAGAAAUCUGGCGGAGAACAUCUCCCGUGUUCUUUACCCCAAUGAUAAUUUCUUUGAAGGGAAGGAGCUGCGUCUGAAGCAGGAGUAUUUUGUGGUGGCGGCGACGCUGCAGGACAUCAUCCGACGCUUCAAGACCACGAAGAAGGGAUCGCCUGAACGGACUUCCUUCGAGAGCUUCCCCGACAAAGUCGCUGUCCAGCUGAACGACACUCAUCCGGCCAUGGCCAUCCCUGAGCUCAUGAGGAUCUUUGUGGACAUCGAGAAGCUGGACUGGGACACGGCAUGGAGCCUGACCCAGCGGACCUUCGCCUACACCAACCACACGGUGCUGCCCGAGGCUCUGGAGCGCUGGCCCGUGGAGCUGCUGGAGAAGCUGCUGCCCCGACAUCUGCAGAUCAUCUACCGCAUCAACCAGCUGCACCUCGACAGGAUUGCCACCCUGUACCCAGAAAACAUGAACAAACUGAGGAAGAUGUCUCUGAUCGAAGAGGACGGCUGUAAGAGGGUGAACAUGGCGCACCUGUGCAUCGUGGGAUCGCACGCCGUCAACGGAGUCGCCGAGAUACACUCCAACAUCAUCAAGACGGACGUUUUCCGUGACUUCAGUGAAAUGGAGCCGCAGAAGUUCCAGAACAAAACGAACGGCAUCACGCCGCGCCGCUGGCUUCUGCUCUGCAACCCCGGGCUGGCCGAGCUCAUCGCUGAGGUGAUUGGGGAGGAUUAUGUGAAGGACCUCUAUCAGCUGAAGAAGCUCUUGGAGUUUGUUGAUGAUGCCGCUCUGAUCCGGGACAUCUCCAGAGUCAAACAGGACAACAAGGUGAAGUUCGCUCAGUACCUGGAGAAGGAGUACCGGGUGAAGAUCAACCCGUCCUCCAUGUUUGACGUCCACGUGAAGAGGAUCCACGAGUACAAGCGGCAGCUGCUCAACUGCCUGCACAUCAUCGCCAUGUACAACCGCAUCAGAAUGAAGCCUGCUGCCCUAUUUGUCCCGCGGACCGUGAUCAUCGGGGGGAAGGCGGCCCCCGGGUACCACAUGGCGAAGAUGAUCAUCCGCCUCAUCACGUCGGUGGCGGAGGUCGUGAACAACGACCCGGUGGUGGGGAGCAAGCUGAAGGUCAUCUUCCUGGAGAACUACCGCGUGUCUCUGGCUGAGAAAGUGAUCCCGGCCACCGACCUGUCGCAGCAGAUCUCCACGGCGGGCACCGAGGCGUCGGGCACCGGGAACAUGAAGUUCAUGCUGAACGGCGCUCUGACCAUCGGCACCAUGGACGGAGCCAACGUGGAGAUGGCGGAGGAGGCGGGCGAGGAGAACCUGUUCAUCUUCGGCAUGAGGGUGCAGGACGUGGCCGACAUGGACCAGAAGGGGUACGAUGCGAUGUCGUACUACAAGAGGAUCCCGGAGCUGAAGCAGGUGAUGGAUCAAAUCACCAGCGGGUUCUUCUGCCCCAAAAACCCAGACCUGUUCAAAGAUGUCACCGACAUGCUCUUCAAAUACGACCGGUUCAAGGUGUUUGCAGACUUUGAGGACUACAUGAAGGCUCAGGAGAAAGUCAGCAAACUGUACCAGAACCCGAAGGAGUGGACGAAGAUGGUGAUCCGAAACAUCGCAGCCACAGGGAAGUUCUCCAGCGACCGCACCAUAAAGGAGUACGCCACCGAGGUGUGGGGGGUGCAGCCCACCGACCUGAAGAUCCCCUCUCCAAACGAGCCGCGGGAGGCCGUGGUGGAAAAGGCCAAAGCUCUGAGGAAGAUGUGAGGCCGUCUCUGCGUUUAGACAUUAUUCACUUUUCUGUCUUUAAAUCUGUUAUUCAAUUUCUCACUAAUCCUCUUCCAAUAACUGUGGGUGUUUUUAAAAAUCUCAUCUUGUUAUUGUUAAAGCACAGAAACUACGGAAGCCCUGAAGGGCAAGUGAGAAUUUUCUUUUUUGCUGAUUUAAAUGUUUUCUCUUGUCUUUUAUGACUGAAGUGCUGGUGAAAUAAAAAUAAACAAUAGUCCAUCAUUUGUUAUUAUUUUCAUAAGUUAAAAAGGUGGGGUAAAAACUUUUUUUACAUCCGUGAAAAUAGGAUUUUUGUUUUGUGUCGGUAAGUUGUCCUGAAUAAAUUAAAUGUUUUCUUUCUCAUUAGUUUAUUUUUUUGCAAUGAUUUAAUUUUACAAGACUAAUUAAAUUUCAAACUAAUAUUUCUCUCCUCUUUGAAAACCGUAGAAGAAAUUCAAUGCCUUAGUCCUAUUGAGUGCAUGGGGUAGUGCUGCCAUCUGGUGGGUGGAAUGAGUAUUACAACAACAAAAUGUUCUUUAAGUGUUAAAUGCAAAACAUAAAAAACCUGCCAGCAUUUUUUUUUUCCAUCUGUUACACAAAAAGAAAAUACAUCUGUUUUUAGAUCUAACAGGGAAUGAAACACUUAGAUAACAGAUAACCAGUUUUAUUUCUUGCUUGCCUCUCAGGGCUUCUGUACAUUCAAAGCACUUGCAUUAAAUAGAAAUGUCUGUUACAGUCCUUAAAACAUCAACACAUACAGUGGAAUAAGAGCGGGGCUAAAUAACUUAAACAGAGCAGCAGAAUAAACUGGAUUUAAAUUACAUUCCUGCGCAUUCAAUGAGCGACAAAGCCUCAGUGUGCUGCAGG